AUGGCAGGCGCGCAGCCUGGGCCUUCAUACCUCCAAGGAAGAGCUCCUCAACCUGCACCUACACCCAGCCCAGUCGCACGGAGAAAGUUGAGUGAAUCUCUGAAGGAGGACGAGGAUGGAGCUCAUGUUGGUGCGAGAAAUCAGCCUCUUCGGAUUGCGGCCGACAAGCUGCAAGCAGCGGUCGAGGAUGGAGCAGCGCAAAGUGAGGAGGAGAGACGCGAGAUCAUCUUGGGUCCAUUUUACGGUGGUAGCGAGGCAGCGGAGAAGGUCAGGAGAGCAUUAGAUCAAGAUCGCGGAUCAUUGCGAAGGCUGGCCAGGACGCAAGGCUCUGAAGAUGCUGAUCUGCUGCAACAGGUGCUUGCUAGAAGUCUGGCUUCACAGCCGGACAAAGAGAGUCCCUUGCGGCCGAGAGCGAGAGCGGCUGCAGCUCAAGCCAGAUCUGUAGAAGCGCUGAUUGCGGGCGACGAUGAUCUGCUAGAUGCCAGAUCGACGGCCGAUGAUGAGGACCCUCACCAGCGACGACAAACAGCGGCGGAGGAGCGUUGCUUCGUCGGUAAUGACCAGCUGAGCUGCUAUCCCACGCCGGGCCUGCGAGUCAAUCAGGGCCAAUGGAGUAGAUUGAUCUGGAACAGCAACUAUCCUGAGUUUACCAACAAUGGCGGUUUCGUCGACAUCUAUCUUUUCCACGAAGACUCUGACCAAGUUGCUACCAGCUGGACGCGCGUCGAGAAUGCGCAGGGACGCCUGUCCUUCCAACCAAACGAUGCUUGGUGGCAAGGCAGAGUGCCCGCUGACAACUUCAACGGUACCAACAUCGCCUGGCCAUUCUACUUUGUCGUUACAUAUGCAGGUGAAGGCUUGACAGGCAGCACUACUCGACUUGCUACAUUCUCUGCGGUGCAGACAGCACUGCCGACCGCCAUCUCAGCUGAACGGGCCUCUGCAUCGUCAGCUGCCUCCGCCUCAUCUGCUGCAGCCUCCCUCUCGUCCGCCUCUGCGGCAGCUUCUGCUUCCGCUGCUGCAUCAUCUGUCGCUACAUUGACAGGAAGCGCUGCCUCCGCUGCGUCGUCUUCGGCCGCUGCUGCAUCUUCAUCAUUCGCGGCCAGCUUGACCUCUCAAUUGGUGUCGUCACUCAACUCUAUGGGCGAGACUGGCACGCAAACUCUACAAGGCACCGCGACUACCACGCUUGACAAUGGCCAAAUCAUCACAGCGACCGCCACGGGUCGUGCAAACGGCGUGCCUGUCUUGCCACCCGGAGAAGGUGAAGGCGGCUUGCCUCGCUACGCCAUUGCUCUCAUCGUCGUCUUUGGCUUCCUCGCGCUCCUUGCCGUCCUUGUCGGAGCCUACUUCUUGAUGGCAGCAGCUAGAAGGAGACGACAAGGAGGCAGCCACGCGGGAAGCGAUGCACCUAUGAUGGAUGGUAGCAACGCGCGUUCGUCUGUGAUAGGAAGCACCGACGCUGGUCACUCUGGCAACGACUCAAUGCGCGAGGCUGGUGGCGUGGGAGCCGGAGCUCUUGCAGGUGGCUUGGCAGCUAGUGGUGCUUCUCAGCGCAGCGCAGCGGAGGAGCAGAGUCCCUUCACCACUGACGAAGCUUCGCGAAUGGCCGACGCUUUCCGUGCAGCAUUGCGCAAGCCAGAAUUCAACACCGGUAGCAUUGCCGGACCGUCUGGUGGCGAAAGCACUAGUCCUGGAGAGAGUCCUGGCGAGAGUGGCAACGGGGUCGGUGCAUUGUUGCGCGACGAGCUCAAGGCCGAGGGUCGCGAAGUGCAGAGUGUGGGAGACCGGCGGACACCCAAAGUCACUGCUUCCGACUAG